UCAAAGACGAACUUCUAAUGCAUUUGUUGUUUUAAAAGAAGUCCAUAUAUAAGCGCGUGCCCUGGUUUUACAAUCGUUUAGCGACAGCCUUGCGUAUGUUUUCUCUUAGUCUAAAGUCUUUAAAGCUUUCACAUUUUUAAGAUGAAUAUUUUGGUGGUGACAAUUUUGUAUGGACUUAGUCUAGGCAGUUCCUUCGGGAAGUCGAAUUCUCCUCUAAGUCAACAGGUCCUCCAAAUUCUGAGAGAAAACGUUCCUGAAGUCAACGGAACAGUAUUCAGUGAGGACGAUGGAGAUAGUUCUAACUUGAACGACCAGGUUGACCAAUCAAACUAUAUUUUUCCGGACAUGAUCCAAGAAUUGAUGACCGAGGCUUUAGUUGCUACUAAUUACAACCUGAAAGAUUUAACCUUCACUCAAAACAAUUGUUGGUGUAGGGAUUUCACUUGUGGCUGUUGUUACCAGGUGAACUUAAAGAAAAUCCAUCUCAAGGCUACAGCGUGCCUCACAAUUGCCUAUCUCCCAAACGAGCUCGGCGCUCAAGUCACAUUGACGAUAAAUGGAAAAAUAGUUGUCAACAAAAAAGUUUCAGCGAGAAACCCGCCACCUAUUUGUGAAGGGAUCCCUUUUCUUCACAAACUGGCCGGACUGUGUCUGCGUUUUUCCAACCUAGACUUCAGCAACAAACAUUUUACCGGAUGUGCUGAACUUGAAGUCAAGUGGAUCAAAGUUGUUGUGGCGAAAGUGAAUCUCGGCUGCUUUAAGAUCCCACCAAAAGAAUAGAGUAACUUUUGUCUUAUUCUCAUGUUUUCUCUUAAUAUGGACAUUUAGAGAAGGGAGAAAAACAUAAUAGCAUUUCUUAAACUAGUUGUCUUGUUUAUUAUUUAAGAAAGUGUUCACCUAUUUUUUCAAGCAUUUUCGUUUAGAUUUGUUUUUAAAUUAUUGAACUUUUUUUCUGUGAAUUAAAAAGAUCUCGUUUGAAAAACAUGUACGUUAGUGUCUUAUGUGUUGUUGGCAAUGUAAUCUCUUCACUACUGAAUAAAAAUAAAUAAAAUACAGAAUAAAAAUGUUUUAAAACUUA